AGAGCCCUUCUUCCUCUUGACCUCUGGAAAACGAUGGACGUGCCGCUUCCCUCUAAAUUUAGACACUUAUUUGUGUCUGUGCACUAUGCGCUUCAAACUGCAGUUCUUGUUUAUGUCGAUAGUUUAGGCCUGGCCUAGUUCGGUCGAAACGAGGUGACAGACCCUCGCGGGUCUCUGUUGGCACUAUGAGCGACAGCUCGGUCUGACGGACGCGCACAUCGCAGUAACGGUACCUUUCAUGUUUACGAGACUCAGAAAGAGACGUAAUGGCGCAGGAGAAUAAUAGUCAUUUCCUAACUAUCCCCUCACAAGAGGAGCUUUUCAAGACUGUGAGGGCAGAGCGUUUCGAAGACAACAGUAAUGAUGAGGACGAGGAAGAAACGGAGGAAGACGUCAGGCUAAUACCGAGGUCUUCUCCUGUUCCCAGAAAGCGAGGCUCUUCGAUUGCGGAUGAAACCGCCGAGUACAUGCGAAUUCGCCUGGCGUUACCGACCAGAAGCGUGUCGUUUGCAGACAGUUCGGGAGCCGAGCUGGUCGAUGUCAGAAUGUUUGUCCCGUUUGACUCAGAUGACGAGGACGAUGCAAGAUGGGAGGAAGAGAAGGCGCGGUACCGAAAAGCCUACCGUGAGCCCACUUACCGUGUGUGGCCGGAGUUCCAGCCGCUCACCGGAGCAGAGCUCGUGCACGCUGUCCACAGCAACAAGCUGGAAGUGGAGAGCGUGACAUCUGUGCCAGACGAGCCUCUGUCAUUCGAGGUGAUUAUUCGUGUGCUCAACAUUUCUUUUCAAAAAUCAGUUUAUGCCCGGUCCACGAUGGAUGGUUGGAUCAGUCACUUUGAUUACCCAGCCGAGUACGUCCAGGGCUCCGACGAAGGCGAAACGGACAAGUUCUCCGUGAAACUGGCCUUCGCUUCACCGUAUCUGUUCAACGGAGCGCGGAUUGAUUUUGUUGUGCGCUAUGAGACGGGAGAUCGAGAGUUUUGGGCAAACAACUCUGGCAGGAAUUACUCGGUAACUCUUUUACAGUCAUAUGAAGACGACACAAUCCUGACCACCACAGCGGACACAACAGAGCUGAGAGGGAUCCUGAAACCUCCCAGAUACAGAGCUGACAUUGGUUUUGAUGACUCUAAUGACAGAGAAGGAGAUGCAGAUCUGAGCAGCACUAAGUGUGAAGCAGCAGAGAAUCAAGCGUCUUCUGCACAGCCAGUUACAGUGCAGCCAGAGAUCGACAUCGAGACUGCCAAGAAUUCGUCCAUUUCUCCAGAAUUCACCAGAACCUCCUCCACAGCAGGAUGUCCUCAGUUCACUUCAGAUACUCCCCCUGGAGAGCCACUUGCACUAGAAUCGAUGUCAUCCAAUAGUUUACCACAAACAGAAGAGUCUGGACUUCAGCCGUCAACUCUAUCCGUCCCCCAGUCGCAUUCAACACAGCAGUUCUCUGAGCCACAAGAUCAAUUCUAUAAUGUUGGCCCUUCCUUGCCCUUUCCCCUUCCUGCAGUCCUCAUACACCAUUAUGAUCACCCAGAGACAUCCAAGAAUGAAUUUGAGGAUUCCAGUAAACCUGACCAAUCCUUUCAUUCAAAAGGAUUAUUUUCACAGUGAUAUGUUAGCGCAAGUGCCUUUCGAGUUAGGCCAACCAUCACUGGCUGGGCUUCCAGACAUGCCACAAAUCCAGGAAGAAGGUAUGCAGAAUGUUAAGGAUAAGGAAGAUGUUGAGGAAAAGGAUGACAUAUUGACAUAUCUGCCUGAAGAACCAAGUAGGAAUACAGAAGAAGAUAAAACAGGGACUUACUUUCACAUGUUGGAAGAAGCCAAGCAGCUUCCUGCAUCAAAUGAGGUAAACCAUGCCAUUAAAGAUGUGGAAGAGUGCAAUUUAUCAGAAGGAUCACAGCACCCCCUGGAGGAAGGAAUUCCAGAACAGAAACUAGAACUUACCUCUUCAGUCCGAGUUGAGACCACCAAGACAACUGAGGUGGAAAGUACCAAGAUGGAUGAGGAGGAAACAGAUAGUUUGGUACCCUCUCGUUUAGGUCCCACAAGAAAGGACAAAGAAUCUCAAAGUUUUUUCAUCCAUCCAGUCU